AUGAACGGCAUCGUUGCGCCACAACCAAUACGGCCUGGCGACCUCUCGGCACAGGCGUCUGACGCAGUACUUCCCCUCAUCUCGUCUGGUAAGAAGACACCCAAGUCCCCCAAGGCCAAAAGCCCCAAGUCUGGCCCGCCCUCGCGCCCUCCGUCUCGAACCGAGCGCCGCUUCACAUGUACCUUUACUGGCUGUGACAAGGCGUACUUGAAGCCGUCACGCCUGGCUGAGCACAUCCUCACUCACACGGGCGAGCGACCUCACGUCUGCAAGUGCGGCCAGAGCUACCUCCGCGCGUCGCAUCUGGCGGCGCAUCAGCGCACUCACAAGAGUGAGGCAGACAAGGAGUAUACGUGCCUGCGAGAGGGAUGUGGGAAGAAAUUCUGGACAGCAACACACCUCGCGCGGCAUGAGGCAGCUCACGACAAUGCUGCGGUGCACGCUUGCACACAGUGCGAGGAGACGUUUCCAAAGAGUCAUCUCCUACGAGAGCAUGUGGCUGCGGCACACAUGCCGGCGGGGAGCAAGCCGUGGGCAUGUACCCAUGAGGGAUGUGGCCGCAGUUUCGACACGAAGCAGAAGCUACGGACACAUGAGAAGACCCACGACCCCACAAGAUACACCUGCUCCCAUCCUAUCCAUGGGCUCAACAUGCCCUCGUUCCCCGUGUGGUCCGCUCUGCAGACGCAUAUCCGCGACGCGCACCCGCCGACCUGCCCACAUGCCGAGUGCGAGGGACGCGCAUUCAAGAACGCCGGUCGUCUCCGUGAACAUCUGCGUGUGCACGCGGAACGUGAGGCGGACCUCGCGGCGGGCCACGACCGCGAGGACUCGGAGGACUUGCCGCCGGUCUUGGCCGAGGCGACGACCCGGCGGAAGAAGCGCAAGCUGAGUAUGAUUUCUGAACGGGAGGUCAGGGGUCUCAACACGGAAGGGACAUUCCUGCCCGCCUCGCCGUCUGGUGGCUCCACGCCAGCUACUCCAGGCACGCCAAAGAAGCUCCCCCGCCUGACGACUGGUGAGGCUGGCAAGGACUGGACGUGUGGUGCGCCUGGCUGCGGUGCAAGGUUCAAGUCCCGCUUUGCGCGUGACGAACACGCGCAGGCCUCGCACUCGACCGGGAGGCACAAGUGCGACGAGUGUGGCCGAUCAUACCGUCGCCCAGCGAGUCUAAAACGGCACCGGGCGAGCGGAUUGUGUGAGGACGGCCAGCCAUCCAACGGCUCUGCUCCGGAACGUGCACGCAUCGGCAUCCUUGAAGUGUCAGCCGGCGACCUCCUCACUGGCACCGCAACGCUUCCGGGGGGUCCACUUUACCGCCGCUGGGCGUGCCCGUACGUUUACCAGCUUCCCGAUGGUGAGGACGUAGACGAGGAUGGAGGGGAGGGAGCCCAGGCACGAGAGGAUGCGGAGGAUGCACAACAGGUUUCGGACGACGGAAAGCGUUAUACAUAUUGCCCCGAACGCUUCCACCGCGUGUACGAUGUCCGUCGGCAUCUCGCUGCAGUGCACAAGAUGGUGCUCAGCGACAUGGCGACGCGCGAGAUGCUGCUUGCAGACGGCCAAACAGGGGAGGACGAAGAGUAG